CUUGCCGUCAGCUCCGUCUCCUCCCGGAAGGUUUACCUCUCCCUGACACGUAGCAGCCGCAACCGAGUUGGCAGAUCUCUGGGUAGAUUUGUCAAACUUCACAGAGUAAGAGAUGUCAGGGUUUGACAACUUCAACACAGACUUUUACCAGUCCAGCUACAGUGUUGACGACCAAGGCCAAGGAGGCUAUGGCUACAGCAAUACUGAAAACCCCUACAACAAGCCAUAUGGUCAGUACGAUUAUUCCCAACCAAUGGGCUACUCCUCCCCGGGAAUGAUGCAGCCGCAGCAGCCAUACACAGGGCAGAUCUUCCAACCUGCACAGACAUACCCUUCAUCGCCGUCACAAUCUAUGUACAGUAGCAGCUUUGAUGAUGAGCCUCCACUGUUGGAAGAAUUAGGAAUCAACUUUGACCACAUCUGGCAGAAGACUCUGACGGUGCUCCAUCCCUUGAAAGCUGCAGACGGCAGCAUUAUGAACGAGACAGACCUGGCGGGCCCCAUGGUCUUCUGUUUGGCUUUCGGAGCCACUCUUCUCCUGUCGGGUAAGAUCCAGUUUGGUUAUGUCUACGGCAUCAGUGCCAUCGGCUGCCUUGGCAUGUACUGCCUGCUCAACCUGAUGAGCAUGACCGGCGUCUCCUUCGGCUGCGUGGCCAGCGUGCUGGGAUACUGUCUCCUCCCGAUGAUUCUUCUGUCCAGUUUUGGUGUCCUCUUCUCUUUACAGGGCAUGUUGGGAAUCAUAUUAACAGCAGCAAUCAUCGGCUGGUGCAGCUUCUCGGCCUCUAAGAUCUUCAUCUCAGCGUUGGCAAUGGACGGGCAGCAGCUGUUGGUUGCGUAUCCCUGCGCUCUCCUAUAUGGGGUCUUUGCCCUCAUUUCUGUCUUCUGAAAAAAAAAAAAUACAAGAGCAACAGUUUUAAAUACCUUUCUCCAAACGUGCUGCGUUUUCAGUAUAAUUGCUGUAAAUAUGGGCUAAUUAUACUGUAACUGCAGAGGAAUUGGAGUUGAAAAUGGCACCACUGGUUAGUUUAAUUCGAUAAGCCUCUUCGUCGCACUACAUUUCCACUUGAUCAUUUCCAAGCUGGAAUGUACCGUGUCACUCGCAGCUUCUCCAGACCUCACUCCCUGGGUGCAUCUUAAAGGAGAGGACUGUAAUCCAAAACCCUGAGGGAACUCUUUCUCUCUCUCCUGUGAACAGAGCUGAGCCUUAAACGUCAGGUAACGUCUGAUUUCAAGGACAUGAGGCUGAAGGAAAUGAGCUCACCGUUUACACAAAGGACACUCCAGGAGGAGUUUAAUUUGGACACAAGCUUUUCUUCGUUUAUUUUAAUGAUAGUCCAUCGUGGAGCCAGUGAAAAUGCCAUGUAAAGCGAUUUUCACAAAAACUGUUGCUAGCCUCCCCCUUUUUUUUUUCUUUUCGUCUUUUUUUGGCAAUCUAUCAUAGAUUUUGCAGCAACGAGAUGCCGGGAAACGCCCACUUUGACUCUGCACAAGACGACAGUCACUCACUCUGCUUCUCCCUCAUUGAAUGGCAGAGAGAAAUGUGGAAUCCCCACCUCAGAGCCCCAAACACCCAACUUCUGUGUUGCCCACUUCAACAUAAACACAGCUGCUCUGCUUCAUCUUAUGUAUUUUAUAAUAUUCUAAGUUCUUUGAUGCCUUUCAGGAAGACUCAACUACAGUUUGCACAAAAGCAUUUUUUUCCAAUUUUCAAAACCAAAAGAAAAAAAUAAAAACCAGGUUGGAUAUUGAAAAUACAAACAUUGUGAGAUACUGUAUUUGUCUCAGCACAGACAUGUCUCCUUAGGUUUUGUUAUUUCGUGUAUCCCUUAUAUCUCCUGAUAUGUGUUUUAGAGACGACUCACUCUGUAUGCUUUGAUGUGUCAUCUGUUAGUCAUGUCUUCUCAUGCACAUUAAAGUUGUUUUUGAAGGUU